AUGACAAUUUUUCUAGAGGCAAUCACACAUGAUCCGAAAGCACGGAUGCACUGGGCACACUACUGGUGGAAUAUUGUCCAGCGCUACCUUGUCGUCAUCGAAGGUUGGCCCGAAAACAUACCUUUUGUCAACCUUAGCACAGUAUCCAGCACCCUACCUGAUUUGGAGAUGCUUUUGGACAAAUGGGAGACUGGAGAAAUCCAUUGGAAGCAUCUGGACAAAGACAAGUAUGAGAAACUUCGUCAAGAACGCCAUGAGAAGGUUAGCAGUGGCAAGGUCAUUGAAAAACGCCGCCAGACUCGCUCUGACAAAGGAAAGAAACACGAUCAGCCUUCGAACCACUCUAGUCACUGCAGGAAGACAUAUAAGAGCGCCCAAACCGUUAUAAGUGAUGACGAGUCAGACAUCCCUGAUGAUACAGCCUCCCGCAAGCAUACGCCUGCUGGCACCCCCAAGCUCACAUCAUCCACUCCUCCCGCUUCGUCGUUCUUCAAUGGUGAUAUGUUUGGCAUGGACUUCUUGCCUGCAAAUAGUCCUGGCGCUGGUACAUCUGUUGACAUGAGGUCCGAAUUCAAUUUUGAUGGUAUCUCAGGUAUGCUAGACUUCAUAAACUUUGAAUAG